AGGCGCGUGCCCGUUCCAGGGCGGCGCCGCUCCUUCCGCCUUCCCGGCAGGCCCCGCGCGGUGCCUGCGCACUCAGUGACCUUUCUGAGUCGUUGGUUCUGGGUUAGGGCCCCCCGAGCUGCUGGUCCUGCGCCGAGAUGCUUCAAAGCCUUACUAAGAAUGUUUGGAUCCCCAUGAAGCCCUACUACACCCAGGUUUACCAGGAGAUCUGGGUCGGGAUGGGGCUGAUGAGCUUCAUCGUUUAUAAAAUCAGGAGUGCUGAUAAAAGAAGUAAAGCCUUGAAAGCUUCCAGUCCUGCGCCUGCUCGUGGUCACCAUUAACCAGCUUUACGUGGACAGAACGUCAGUCUGGCCGUGUUGAUUGGGAACGUGGGACGUCGUGUUGACUUACAGACGUGCCACUGCCCUGAUGCAUGAAUAAACGUACCUGUGAGA